AUGAACAGCACUACCUUUCAGAACCUGAACGUCGGCGCGACAGCGGCGCUGCAAACCCGGCGCCAAGGCACCCCUCGAGGUAACCAGCGCGAGGCGCCGCGCAUCCUCGAAUUCCACUGCUUCUCCGAUCCGAGGAGCAGCUCACCCGCAGCCGCGGCGCAGAACCAGUGCAAGCCGUUCCCUGCCGCCAAAUUCACGGUGCCGCGCGAGACGGAGGAACUGCAGACUGUGGGCCCUCUUGUGUGGGAUGAGACCAUCGGCAUGCUGACUAUCGCCAAGGGGAAUGCUAUGAUGGUGCACGUACUGGACCUCGCUGAAUCGCCCACGUUCGAAGCAGAGCAAGAUCUCUAUGUCUUCGAACACCCCAACGUCGACAUCUUCGACAGACCAUAUUCCCGUAAAGCACAUGAGACGAGUGAUGCAGGGUCAGGGUCUGCAGAUGAGGUAGAAUAG